AUGGCCCGGACUCGCGCUCUGCUCCCGCUCUUCAUCUGGCUCUCUGCCGUGGCAGCUGCACCCUCACCUUCCCCCACGGAGGACUGCUCCUCCGCCUUGCUCAGCCUGUCCGGCUGCCUCUCCUUCGUGGAGCAGGGUAGCAGCGAGGCCCGGCCACAGAAGCGAUGCUGCUCCGGGCUCAACGAGGUCGCCGGAGAACAGGAGAGCUGCCUCUGCGUGGCCUUCAGCCAGGGCGCCGCCAUGGGGUUCAGGAUCAACAUGACCAGGGCCCUGGCUCUCCCUUCUUACUGUGCCGUCUCCGUCCCUCCCCUCGCCGACUGUAAAGUUGCGCCUCUCGGUGGAGGUCCCGCCGGAGCUCCGUCUCCCUCCUUGGGAGCCGCCAUUGCACCGUCUCCGCUCGCCGGCCAGUCGUCUAACGCAGCAGCUGCAACAGUUAGCGUCGCAGCAUUGAAAAAGGGAAUGAACAGGCCCGGGCGUCCGUCGCCCCUCCUCGCCCAUUCCCAAAUCGGAAACCGAAGCCAGUGGCAGGAGCAGGAGGAAGAGCUCGAUUCCAGUCUGUUCGAUUCGGUUUCUCGGUCUUUAGGCGACGGAAAGUGUGUUGAAGAAGAUGAUGAGGUAGGGAUUGACGCUGUCGGAGGAUUCGCCCUCGCGGUGGUCGCCGCCGCGAACAAGGUCGCUCGCUUCCCCUAUCCGGCCACCGACUCCAUCGUCAGUUACCUUGGUUGCAAGAAAAUGUUCCGCCAGAUCAAACUCGGCCGCGGCGGCAGACCCAGUUCGUGGAUCCAGUCCAUCCCGGCAUCGUCUCCGACUCAGAUCAAGGAAGGGGCGGCGGCGUUGACGGCCUCUCAUGGAGGAGGAGGAGACUAUGAAAGAUGGCUGGAAUUGCAUCCGUCCGCAUUGGACAAUUUCGAGGAGGUGAUGAGCUCAUCCAAGGGGAAUCAGAUCGUGAUGUUCCUCGACUAUGAUGGCACCCUGUCUCUCAUCGUCGACGACCCUGACUGCGCCUUCAUGUCCGAUGAGAUGAGAGAGGCCGUGAGAGAUGUAGCGAGCCAUUUCCCAACUGCUAUCGUCAGCAGGAGGUGCAGAGAAAAGGCACGUUACUGCGCUCGCACAAGAAUUCUUGCAGUCAAGUUUCUUCCAUUGCCUUCAACAUUUGGUUCUGGUGCACGGUCCAUUCUAGAUCAGGUUUCCAGCUUUGUGAGGCUAUCAGAAUUGUACCACGCUGGUAGUCAUGGCAUGGACAUCAAAGGCCCCAUUCAUGGGCACAGGCACACAGAAGCCAAGGCAAAAUCUGUUCUUUUUCAGCCGGCCAGUGAAUUCCUUCCCAUGAUUGAUGAGGUCUACAAGAAAUUGGUGGAGACUACAAAGUGUCCCUGGAUCACGAGUGGAGAACAAUAAAUUUUGUCUCUCUGUUCACUUCCGAUGUGUCGAAGAGAAGAAAUGGAAUUUACUAUCUGACAAAGUCCGAUCUCUUCUGAGGGAGUAGCCCAAGCUGAGGCUUACUCGUGGAAGAAAGGUAAAACAUCUUAACCAUUAGAGCAUCUACAAUGAGAAUAUUUGGAGUGAAUAUUUUUCUUCAAAUAUUUCCCAAUCUCGAGUAUCACCCAUUGCAAGGGGAUAUUGGGGAAGGGAUUUGAAUUCAUAGGGCAUAGAGCUCUCUCUUUGUUUUUUUAAUAAAAAAAAUUAAAAGUAUAUAUUUAACGGUAGAAUUUAGAAUAUUUCAGAAUGAGAUAUUUCAAAGGUGAGCUCCAUGAAUAUUUAGUUUGUAAGAUAUUUGAUUGUGGUAUAUUUGAAGAGUGAGAUAUUUGAUUGAUGAUGUGUAUGUGAGGACCGUAAAUAUUUAAGAGAAAUAUUUAAUAUUACUAUGGAUGCUCUUAGCUUUCAACAUUUAUUCAACAACAUUUGGCU